UUAAACUCAAAAGCUGUUUUCUGGUUGCCCAGUUCUCAAUGAAUUAUCUCUAAUCAAUUGCAAUUGGGCGAAACUCAAGUGUGUGACUAUUUCUGCUUCCAAUCUUUUGAGCUUGAUCAUAUAUGAAACUGGUGGUCAGUUGCAGCUUUUCGGACGUUGUUGUCAGAUUAUGGUAAAUGGAGUCGGUCUCAAAUAUUUUCAGUACAAGGGCGGGUUCCUAAAUGAUUAUUACUUUUAUAACUCAUCGGUAGAUAAGGCUGAGAUUCUUAUUCCUACUUCGAGAUUGAGACAUGUGAGUUACCGGUUGUAUAAGCUGCUUCGGGAGUUCUCUAGUAUGAAAAUUUUUACUACCUCUUCUUCAUCCUUUAAGGUGGUUCAGACUAAUGCAUCAGAACUUCUCGCCCAGAUGCCCUUGUUUAGUAAUCUAGCCACUUUGAUAUUUGAAGAAAAGGAAGUAAAUAUUGGUUGUAAGGGACUACUGAGGAUGUUCCAAAACUGUCCUUCUCUCCAAACUCUAGUAUGCAGUGAGGGCAUUACGCUGUCCUCCGAUGAUGCAGAAGAUGAUGGGGUGUUAGAGCCACUGCCUCCUUGUUUCUUGAAAAGUCUUAAAAAGAUUGAAGUUCAUGCGUUUCUUGGAAACCAGGAAGAGCUUGAUGCAUUAAAGGUUCUGUUAAAGAAUGCAAUGGUCUUGGAGAAGCUGAUUAUAACUUGCUCCGAUUCUUUUCAAGGCAGACCGGAGAAGUUGAGGGAUGUUAACAAUCAGUUAGCAGAUUUACCUAGAGGCUCAUCCAAAUGCUGUGAAGUUAUUUGUUCGUUGAGCCCUUGAGUUUUUACCAUAUAUGCAUAGACUUUAAAUUGCUUUGGCAGGCUUUCCU